ACGAGGCACAUCUGACCGUUACUGGGUGCCCGCUAUAAUCGCUUCUGUCUGAUCCAGCACGUGAUCCAGCACGUGAUCCAGCACGUGAUCCAGCACGUGAUCCAGCGACGCACUCAAGAACUCGGAAGGGCACGUCCGCUCGAGCGAUACACCGAACAGCAGCUUCUGGUCGGCAUCAGAUGGAACGAUCCACUUGAUUCUUGUGCCCUCCUCGACCACCAUCUCGGUGGGCUCCUCCGUCUCCCCAGCCCUCCCUCUCAGCCACACGCACUUCAUCUCCAGUUGCCCGCUGGAGAGUGAUGCGCUGCUGCCAGGCGAGGAUGCGUCAGGGAAGGGAUUGCCGACAUCAGAGGUGUCGAAUUGGAUGGCCGGAUGCGUCCCCGGCUCUGUUGUUGGUCGCUUCGGCCCGCGACGGCACUGAUAGGCCCACAGGUCGGCCACCUUGCCGUCCUCGAUCACCAGGAUGAAGAAGUCGUAUCGAUGGAAGGAAUUUUGCGAAGGCUGCAACAGGAAGGCUGCGGUGCCCUUCUGCAGAGAAGGAGAGCUCUCCAGUUCGUAAGGGAGCCAAUCUUGCAGCCAGUUGGCGAUAUCGUCGGUCGUCUUCCACCGACCGCUGACAAUGUGUCCUCCAAACUGGCACCCCUCGAUGACCUGACACAACACGGACACAGAAACAUCGAUGAAUCAAUGUAUGUAUCGCGACCGACAACUAGCUAGCCAGCCAGGUGUGUGAUGUGCUUACAGGAAGCGGCAAGAGCUUUGCAAGUUUGGCCGGGAUAGGUGGAAUGCGCCUAAAUGCUCCGUCCCGUUCCGCCUUCACACGCAGGUCGCUCUGUAGCAUGCGGAGAAGAACUGCCGCCGCACAGGGCCCCUCCCACUGGUAUCCUGACUCGUCCGUCGACGUAGCGAGUUUCUCCAGGUUCUUGGAGACGCCACAGAGACCGGAGAAGAACCGCUCGCCGAAAAUCUUCAUGAGGUCGGAAGCCAGCCGGUCGCACACACCGGCGAGAUAGCAGGGGGGCCACACAUACAUCUCGUCGCCCCCCUCCUCGAAGACAUCCAACAACACGGACCAUCUGCCGAUGUCGGCGGGCUGUGUGGCGCCAGGGAACCUGCCAUCCAUGGCUGUCGUGAUAAAGCGGCCAAUAGUUUCUUGACUUCUGGCGGCGACAUGUCUGUGAGGGGGUUCAGGACGUCGCCCGCCAUUCUAUCGCGACUACGGUAGCGGGUGAUCCACAGCAGUGCAGGCGAGCGUCCAACCCAACACACCUCAGCCGGAGUGGCUCGAUAGCGGACGUCGGAGAUCACCUCGUCGAGAUCGGCCUGUUCGAUGAGCGGCAACUGCGGCAUUAAGACGUGCCGGUUGCUUCUGGAAUUCAGGAACUGCUUGAUCUCCUGCGCGAUUGUGGGGACGUGGCUGGAGAAGGCGAAAUACCGCCGCCGGCGCGUGAGGAAGUGCUCUCUGAGAUACCGGCCCAGCUGGGCCUCCAUUGCCGUCCACUCUGGCCCGCCCUGCCGAGUGACGACCGCGUUGAGCUCAUCUAUGAGCAGCACCAGAGGGUUGUUGCCCAGCCACUCAUCGAUCACCUCCUCGUCGACAGACACAUGCUUGAUCCAGUUCCAGAAACGCAGCGUGUCAACGUCCACAUUUGCCGCCCGUGCCACCCGCUCUCGCGUCUCGUUGGUCGCCGCUUUCCACGCCAGCCGCAGAAGCAACGACUCCACCAAUGAUUGCUUGGGUAAUUCGCCGUCCUUCGGAAAUGAGUAGGCUGAUUCAUCAUUGAACGAGACGAAGAUGGCAGGCCUCCCCUCGCUGUACAGCUUUCUACCGAGCUCCACGAGAAACCGAGUCUUGCCCCCGCGAGAGAAGCGCGUGAAUGUCAUGGGUGGUAUACGAUCGCCGCCGAAAUCGUCUUCGGCUUGCUCGUACUUGGGCAGCAGCAUUGAAUAGGCGCGAUCGAGAUACUUGCCGCCAAUGAAUGUCGCAGGACUUAUGGUCACGUUCACCUCGGGCGGCGGCGGCGGCAGGUCAGCAAUGGGCACGAGGCUACCCACUGUGAGCUUGACAACGCGUUCUGCAGACGAAGCACCGACACGCCACACACGCGACAUGAACAUUCGCGCAUCUACAGGUGCCUGCCCACGUGUGUGUGUGUGUGUGAAUGUGCGCCCACCCUCCGGAGCCGCUUUGCCGGCUUCCUCCAACGUUCCGCCGACCCUGUCAGACUCUGUUGACGACCACCUGACAAACACACACACACAGACAGACAGACAGACAGACAGACAGACAGACAGGGGCCAUGAUUCAUGUGCCUGUCGGUGUGUGCACAGUAUCUGGGUAUCUAUCUGUCUAUCAGUGCAUGGCAUGCAAUGCACCUGGCUGCCCCAGCCGCCCGCCGUCUUCUGAUGGGAGAGGCCAGCGACAGCGGUGUGGAGGGAUAGCCCACCUGAGUGAACACACACACACGUCCGCAAAGCCCUCACUACAUUCCCUCACUGUCCAGCCACCCACCCACCCAGCGCACCUGAGGGUGAUGGGCAUCAACACGAUGGUUUCGACGCCCUGACAUCGUUCCGACGAAGGCAGCCUCCCCCGUAGCUCUCCCGUAUCGUGCAUUGUGUGCGCGCACGCGCAUCCCGUCGAGCUGAGGGACCAUCAUCUGGCUGUGUGGCGAUGCGGCACCGGUCACAUCGAUGCACGACGAGAGGGCGAGGACGACACCGACGAGCUGGGACGGGAGAGCCAUUAAAUGAGCGUGUGUGUGCAGGCCAGUAGCUACAGUGAUGCAGAGCAGAAAGCUGUACAGCGAGAGCGCCGCGACGACGGAUGAGACACGACCACAGAUACGCUGGACAGAUCGACGGACUAGACGAAUGAACGGGCAGGGAAAGAGAGAGCGGGUCGGUCGG